GCAGUUUCUGACAGUGGUUCAGAAUCCCAGAUCUUGGACCUCUCCAACCGCUUCUAUACUCUGAUUCCUCAUGACUUUGGGAUGAAGAAACCACCUCUCUUAAAUAACUUGGAAUACAUUCAGGCUAAAGUGCAGAUGUUGGACAACUUGCUUGAUAUUGAGGUUGCUUAUAGCCUUCUCAGAGGUGGAAAUGAAGAUGGAGAUAAAGACCCAAUUGACAUCAACUAUGAAAAACUUCGAACCGACAUUAAGGUUGUUGACAAAGAUUCAGAAGAAGCCAAGAUUAUUAAACAAUAUGUGAAAAAUACUCACGCUGCUACUCACAACGCAUAUGACCUCAAAGUUGUGGAUAUCUUCAGGAUUGAGCGUGAAGGAGAGAGUCAGCGUUACAAACCGUUUAAGCAGCUUCAUAAUCGCCAGCUGCUGUGGCACGGUUCCCGCACCACCAACUUUGCUGGUAUCCUCUCGCAGGGUCUCCGGAUAGCUCCCCCUGAAGCUCCUGUGACUGGCUACAUGUUUGGGAAGGGCAUCUAUUUUGCGGACAUGGUGUCCAAAAGUGCCAACUACUGUCACACAUCUCAAGCUGAUCCCAUAGGCUUAAUACUGCUGGGAGAAGUUGCCCUUGGAAAUAUGUAUGAGCUAAAGAAUGCUUCUCACAUAACAAAAUUGCCCAAGGGAAAACACAGUGUGAAAGGCUUGGGCAAAACUGCACCUGAUCCCACAGCCACUACCACCCUUGGUGGUGUAGAGGUUCCCUUAGGGAAUGGGAUCUCAACAGGAAUUAAUGAUACCUGUCUUCUGUAUAAUGAAUAUAUUGUGUAUGAUGUUGCUCAGGUAAAUCUGAAGUACCUGCUGAAACUGAAAUUCAACUAUAAGACAUCACUCUGGUGAACAGUAUUUAGAAGCCCUGUUAGAGUUAUACGGUAGUUACACUAUAGCGUUGACUUCUGACAUGCUUACGCAUUGACUUCUUUUACCAAGAUAUCAAGAGCUAAACUGCAGAAGAGGUUACUAAAUGGUAUUUAGUACAACACUUAGUGAAAGUUUUAUAUAAAUGUGUGGCAACACAUGGGCCUGAAUUCUGAUGAGAACGAGUACCUGGUUUUGUUUUAUACCACUUCUAAUUCUGGGGCUUUCAAGUGUUUCUUUUAAUUGACCAAACUGACCAAAAAUAAAGUAAUAAAAAUCAAGCUUGUGUUUUUAGCCAAACAGCUGAGCAAUAGCAGGAGAAGGAACUUGAGGAUGUUUGUGAUAUUUGCUCUGUUAAGGUUCUCUCUUGUUUAAGAUACCCUUUUUCAGUUUUCAUUUGAAUAAAUGAUACAUGUGCAUUUAUUUUGAGGUAAAAAAUAAAAGCUAAUUUCAUACUAACAGCUUUAUGUUUCAAAACUUCCAAAUUGUUUUGGUUUUGAGUCAUGAUCUAAAUGUAUUUGGUAGAAUGUUCUUAAACAUGAUAUCUCUCUGAAGAUAAAUGCCAAAUACUGAAAUAUGUAGUCACGUUUCAGGAAGUCACAGUGAAAUGAAAAUUUGGACUUUCCACUGAGACUUCAUCUGUCAACAGUUGGUGUGAUAAACGUGGAAAAUGAACUUGUGGCUGUUUGAAUUUAGUAUUAGCCCCAAUAAACCUCCUUUAAAUAUCUAUCUUCAACGUGA